AAAAGUAGGAUUGGGUGGGGAAGAGAAAUGGAAGAAGGAAAAGCCGAGGGAAAAGGGUGAGUGAAUUAGGAGGUGGGGUGGGGGGUUGGAAGGAGGAGGAGGAGGAGGGAGAGCCAAGGCUCACUAGAUGUGAAUGCUGAAAAUUGCAUUAAGGAGUUCUCAGAAGAUCUGCACGCAGUUUGCUAGGGAUGCACGGUGAGCGGAAGGGAUUGUGCUUUUCUCUGCUGGAACUGGGAACUUCAGGCAUUUCAUGUGUGGAUCUGCUGCUGGUGGGAAGUCCAUAAAGAGCUCCGUUGUCUCCUAGAGGGAGAGCCAUGGGGAAAGAGCGAGGCUCCCAAGAACGGAGAGAGAUCGGGGGAAUAUAGGAAUGAGAACAAGAGAAGAUCUAUUUAUAAAGGAAAAACCCUGGGGGUCUGGGCUUGAGCUGGAGAAACCCAAGUGCACCCUAAGAUCUGGAAUAUGGAUGAACAAGGAGAGUAACUGAUCAGCUGAAAGGACUUUUCUACGUAUAUUCCCACCUGGAUGGAAUUUUUUGGUUUUUUUUUUUUCUUUCUCGUGCUCAUUGGACGAGUUUGAGUCAUCUGCAGGGAGGCAAUGAAACCCCCCGUUUCCACCAGGUGAUCCUACGAGGCUGAUGGAUUUAUUACGAGCGGCAUCUCUCCAACAGCCCUCCCAUUGAAAGUGAUAUAAUGAAAUUGCAGAGGAGGCUGAGCAGAAGGGUGGCAAAGCAAGACUGGAGUUUGAGCAUUGGGAUUUCUGGAUCAAAGAAAUUCAAAUAACGUGGGGUGGGGGGGAAAAAUCUAAUUCAACAAAUACAUUACGAGGAAAGGGUUAAAGAUAAAAAAAAAAACAUGCAGAGCUGCACUGGGUUGUGAUUGGAAAUCUAAUCAGAUCUUUGGAGAAAGGGAAAGUUUCUUCCUGGGUUGGGGAAAAGAUCUACGUUAUGGUGCAUGGAGAAGCUGUGGGAUAGACCAUGAAAACUGGUGGCUUGGUAUGGACCAAGGAUGGAUUGGAUUUUUAAAGCAGGAUGGUGAGGAAUGAGUGGAUCCCCAGUCUCCUGGUUGGCGAAGGAGAAGGCUGCACCGUGGAACCGAACAUCGCCCUUCAGCACCAUGACUCCUGGAACUCCUGAAGGACCAAACACGAAUAAAUUAUGAAUGUUGAACAAGAUGAAAUUACAUCCACCGCAGAUGAUGAUAGGUCCUAGGUUCAACAGGGCCCUAUUUGACCCCCUUUUUAUUGUGCUGUUGGCUCUUCAGCUUCUUGUGGUGGCGGGUUUAGUCAGGGCUCAGACCUGCCCUUCCGUAUGUUCUUGUAGCAACCAGUUCAGCAAGGUCAUUUGCACAAGAAGAAACCUCCGAGAGGUCCCAGACGGCAUCUCCACCAACACAAGACAACUGAACCUUCAUGAGAAUCAGAUCCAGAUAAUCAAAGUCGACAGUUUUAAACACUUGAGACAUCUAGAAGUUUUACAGUUGAGCAGAAACCACAUUAGGACGAUUGAGAUUGGUGCUUUCAAUGGCUUGGCGAAUCUGAAUACAUUGGAGCUCUUUGACAAUCGUUUGACCACUAUUCCUAAUGGAGCUUUUGAAUAUUUGUCAAAACUGAAAGAGCUUUGGCUGAGAAACAAUCCCAUUGAAAGCAUUCCAUCCUAUGCUUUUAAUCGCAUCCCUUCUCUCCGUAGGCUGGAUUUGGGAGAGAUGAAAAGAUUGUCAUAUAUUUCAGAAGGGGCAUUUGAAGGCCUUUCAAAUCUCAAAUAUUUGAACCUUGGAAUGUGCAACCUAAGAGAUAUCCCCAAUCUUACUCCUCUUGUUAAACUAGACGAGUUGGAUCUUUCUGGGAACCAUUUGUCGGUCCUUCGACCUGGAUCUUUCCAAGGAUUAACCCAUCUUCAAAAAUUGUGGAUUAUGCAUUCCCAAAUUCAGGUGAUCGAAAGGAAUGCCUUUGAUGAUCUCCAGUCGCUGGUGGAACUUAAUUUGGCACAUAAUAAUCUAACUUUACUGCCUCAUGAUCUUUUCACACCUCUUCACAACCUACAAAGGAUUCAAUUGCAUCACAACCCCUGGAACUGCAACUGUGACAUCCUUUGGCUCAGUUGGUGGCUCAAAGAGAUAGUCACCACGGGCAGCACAUGUUGUGCUCGGUGUAGCACUCCCCCGAGCUUAAAAGGAACUCACAUUGCAGAGCUGGACCAUAACUAUUUUACUUGCUACGCUCCUGUAAUUGUAGAGCCCCCUGCUGACCUGAAUGUCACGGAAGGCAUGGCGGCUGAGCUUAAAUGUAGGGCAUCGACAUCGUUGACUUAUGUUAGUUGGAUUACUCCAAAUGGAACUAUUAUGACCCAUGGAUCUUAUAAAGUACGUAUUUCCGUGUUGAACGACGGCACGCUGAACUUUACAAAUGUAACAGUGAGGGACACGGGCUUGUACACCUGUAUAGUAAGCAAUUCCGCCGGUAACACCACUGCCUCAGCGACACUGAAUGUGACGGCGUCCGACACUGGUUACACUUACUUUUCCACCGUGACCGUAGAGACUAUGGAACCAUCUCAGGAUGAGGCAAGGACCACAGAAACUCACGUCGGCCCAACCCCGGUCAUUGACUGGGAAACCACCAAUGCAACCACCUCUCUAAUGCCUCAGAGCACAAGGUUCACAGAAAAAACCGUCACCGUCCCCGUCACAGAUGCAAACAACGGGAUGCCAGGUAUCGACGAGGUCAUGAAAACCACCAAAAUAAUCAUUGGCUGUUUUGUGGCCAUUACCCUAAUGGCGGCGGUGAUGCUGGUUAUUUUCUACAAGAUGAGAAAGCAGCACCAUCGGAAGAACCAUCACGCCCCUACGCGGACUGUUGAAAUUAUCAACGUGGAUGACGAACUCACGGCCGACACCCCCAUUGAAAGCCACUUGCCCAUGCCGGCGAUAGAACACGAGCAUUUAAACCAUUAUAACUCUUAUAAGUCUCCUUUUAAUCACACGACGACGGUGAACACAAUAAAUUCAAUACACAGCUCUGUGCAUGAACCUUUAUUGAUUCGAGCAAACUCUAAAGACAAUGUGCAGGAAACGCAGAUCUAAAACUGUAAAUUCACCAGAAUAAAAACAAAAAAAGACAAUUUAUAAACAGACAAAAUGACUGGGCUAAAUCUACUGUUUCCAAUAAAAAAGUGUCUUUACAAAAAAAAGAAAUAAUAAAAAAAAGAAAGAAAUUUAUUUAUUAAAAAUUCUAUUGUGAUCUAAAACUGCUGAAAUCGUGUAUUCCUAAAAAAAACUGAAUUAUGUUUUUUUUUUUUUAUAUAUAUUUUUCUUUUUUAAUCGAGCGAUCAGAAUUGAGAAGUUUCGAAUGAAAUUCGUGGCGCUUUAAAUAUGUUUCUGGUUCUGGUUCAUCUCUAUCAUUCUGUCCUUUAUUUUGCUAAAGAAUAGUCAUGUAUAAAAACGAGCUGCUUUUCUAUAAUACCGUACUUCUAGGUCACUUUAAAAAAUAUAUAUGGUAUAUAAAACA